AGAGCCCGUCUCAGAUCCUUGCCUGCCUCACACCCCCUUUUCCUGCGCCGAAGAGCGAUGUGUUUUCUACAGAGCCUCCUAAUGAACUUUUAUGCAAGCCAAAGGACUUUCUCAGGCUGUCUGAGGGCUUGAUCUGAACCUCUUGGGGACGAAAGUGCUUUGUAUGCCGAACCCUUAAGGACAGGGUCUUUUCCCCAGUCAUGGGAUGCAUGUUUUCUUUGCCUCAGGACAGACUGGCUGCUGCAGAGAGAACACCACAAAUACGUGAGACCAGCUUUAUUGAGAAAAUGAAGAAAACGAACCGAAACAUUGUGGUGUUUUAUGGAUCCCAAACAGGGACUGCUGAGGAAUUUGCUAACAGGUUGGCAAAAGAUGCCCAACGCUACGGCAUGAAAGGCGUGGCCGCUGACCCAGAGGAGUAUGACCUGUCCGAGCUGUCUAGACUGAAAGAGAUUCCUAAUUCCAUGGCUGUGUUCUGCAUGGCAACCUAUGGAGAAGGAGACCCCACAGACAACGCUCAGGAGUUCUACGAUUGGAUGCAAGGGACUGAUGAUGAUCUAGAGGGGGUCAAUUUUGCUGUGUUUGGUUUGGGAAAUAAAACAUAUGAGCACUUCAAUGCCACAGGCAAGUAUACAGACAAGAGGCUUGCUGAACUUGGGGGAAAAAGGGUCUUUGACUUGGGCCUCGGGGAUGACGACAUCAACUUGGAGGAGGAUUUUAUCUCUUGGAAGGAACAGUUUUGGCCUGCAGUAUGUGAAUUAUUUGGCGUGGAGGCCACGGGAGAAGACAGCAGCAUUCGGCAGUUUGAACUGGUGGUUCAUAAUGACAUCAAUAUGAAUCAAGUGUACACCGGAGAGAUGGGGCGGCUCAAAAGCUUUCAGACACAGAAACCACCGUUUGAUUCAAAGAAUCCUUUCCUUGCAACUGUGACUGGUAAUCGUAAACUGAACAAAGGAGGAAAUCGGCACCUGAUGCACAUCGAGUUAGAUAUCACAGACUCUAAAAUCAGAUAUGAUUCUGGAGAUCAUGUUGCUGUUUACCCCACAAAUGAUGCAGCGGUGGUCAACGGAAUAGGAGAGAGACUUGGAGUAGAUCUUGAUACUGUAAUCUCUCUCAAAAAUCUGGAUGAGGAAUCCAAUAAAAAGCACCCGUUCCCCUGUCCAACCACAUACCGUACGGCACUGACUCAUUACCUUGACAUCAACAACAUGCCUCGCACAAACGUGCUGUAUGAGCUAGCGCAGUACGCCUCUGAUCCGCAAGAACAAGAAAACAUGCGCAAGAUGGCAUCUGCUUCACCUGAAGGAAAGGCUUUGUAUCAGAGUUGGGUUUUGGAUUCUGAGAGGAACAUACUAGCUAUUCUAGAGGAUCUACCGUCCCUGAAUCCUCCUAUAGACCACCUGUGUGAGCUCCUUCCUCGACUUCAGGCUCGAUACUAUUCCAUUGCCUCUUCCAGCAAGGUCUAUCCAACCUCUAUCCACAUCUGUGCUGUGGUGAUAGAGUACACCACCAAGACAGAAAGAGUCUUCAAGGGUGUGGCCACAAACUGGCUUAAGAACAAAGAAGUGACCGAUAACGGCCAUAAGCUCACCGUUCCCAUGUAUGUUAGGAGAUCCCAAUUCCGCCUGCCAUUCAAACCCAGUAACCCUAUAAUCAUGAUUGGGCCUGGUACUGGCAUCGCCCCCUUCAUGGGCUUCAUCCGGGAGAGAGCAUGGCAGAAGGAACAAGGGAAGGAAGCUGGUGAGACGAUACUGUACUUUGGUUGUCGCCAUAAGAACGAGGACUUCUUGUAUCAGCAGGAACUGGAGGAGUUUGAGAGGGCAGGUGUGCUGACACAGCUUAACGUUGCCUUUUCGAGAGACCAGGAGCACAAGAUCUAUGUGCAACAUCUUCUGAAGAAAAACAAGGAGCAGUUGUGGAAGCUCAUUCAUUCAAAUAAUGCCCAUAUCUACGUUUGUGGAGAUGCACGUAACAUGGCUCGGGAUGUGCACACGGCCUUCUAUGAGAUUGCAGAGGAGGUGGGUGGCCUGACGCACACUCAAGCUGUGGACUAUUUCAAGAAGCUGAUGACCAAGGGCCGUUACUCGCAGGACGUUUGGAGCUAAGCUAAUUGAUAAACCAAUGUUUACCACUUUACCUCAAGCCAUAAUUUCUCCAAAAGCUAGAGCUAAAACAUUGAAUUUGCCUGGACUGAUUGGUUAUAUAAUAGAGUUUUGAUGAAAGAUACUGCACUCCAACAUCACACAAAAGCAUGGUUUAUCAUUCCUCCUUCAGAUGAGUUUAGGAUAUUCAACGUACUGCAACAGGAAU